AUGAAGGUAGCACUGCCCAAGGACCUGGAGCAGGACGCUCGCUUGGCCAAGAGGAGUCACGCCGAGUUGUGCAGACAAAAACGGAUCUUCAACGCCAGGGACAGAAUCAUUGGGGGAGACACAGAAGCCUGGGAUGUUCAGGUUCACGACCAGAAGAUGAGAGAAGCAACUGACAAAGCUAGACAUGAAACCUUUGCUGCUGAAAUGAGGCACAAUGACAAGCUCAUGUGCAUAUUAGAAGGCCGGGAGAGGAGAGACAGGAAAAACCUCUGUAGAGCUAUCAGUGACUUCCAGCAGAGAUUUCAGAAGCCAGAAACUCGCCGUGAAUUUGAUCUGUCUGACCCCCUGGCCCUUAAGAAAGAUCUUCCAGCCCGGCUGUCAGAUAAUGACACCAGAAACACAGUCUCAGGAAUGCAGAAGUUCAUGGGAGAGGAUUUGAACUUCCGGGAGAGAAAGAAGUUCCAAGAAGAGCAGAAUCGAGAAUGGUCCUUGGAACAGCAGAGGGAGUGGGAGAGAGCCCGUGCUGACCACAAAACUGCAGAGGACCUCCACAAGCAGACAAGGCUGCAGCUUGACGAAGCCGCCAGGCACCUGCAGAAGCUGGAAAGCGCCUCCAGGAAAGCAGCCUGUGUAGCUGUGAAAGAGUUCAACAAGAACCAGGCUGCGGAGUUGGCAGAAAGGAAAAGGCAAGAGAGAAAACGGGAACAAGAAGACAACCUGGCCGAGAUCUCCGCCCUGUUGCAGGGGGACCUGCUCUCUGAGAACCUGCAGCAAGCAGCCAGGUCCUUUGGGCCACACCGUGUGAUGCCUGACCACUGGAAGGGCAUGAGCCCGGAGCAGCUGCAGGAGAUCCGCCUUGCUCAGAAGCAGCAAGUCCAGGAGAAGCUGAGGUCCCAGGAGGAAGAGCGCCAGUGCAACAUGGACUGGGACCAGCAGAGGAUUCAGAAGGCUCGUGCCACUCUGCUGGAGGAGCGGCAACAGCAGCGCCAACAGCGGAACCUGCGCAGAGACCUGGACAGCAGCAACCUCAGCCUGGCCAGGGAGCAGCGUUUGCAGAAAAAAUAUAUGGAAGAAUCAUAUAAAAACCAACCCUCUGAAGAUUAUUUCAAGCAAUUUAAUACAAGAAGCCGAUAA